UGUUGUAUCACUCAAGUACACACACGCUAAAAGUGGUUCAAGACGGCAUUCACAGCCAGGCAAGGACUCGUAAGACACACCCAAGGAUGGCAACCAGCCUAGGUACCCUUAUAACACUAGUCCUCCUCGGUCUGAACGUAAUGACAACGACAGCUUGCACAGGAUGCGUGUGUUUCGCAGAGUUCGCAACAUGCUCCGAUAUCAACAAUCUGUCAACUCUCCCGGCCCACAUUAAAACAUUGAUUGUCAGGGACAUCAAAGUGGAAUCGCUGCCAAGUUUUGCCUUCAGUCAUCUUAAACAACUGACCGAACUUGACAUUCAGUCUUCCUACAUCGGCGUUGUUCGUAAGAAUGCAUUUAGUAACAUUGACAAACUGGACAUGCUGUCCAUAUCGUCCAGUGACGUAUCAGUCGUUGAGAAUGGAGCGUUUUACGGCCUGAGAGGCAUGUCUUCUCUGGAAAUACGUGACACCAGACUCGAUAAAAUCGAAACGGAUUCUUUCUCGAAUAUCACUGAUGUCAGCGAAAUUACAGUACAAUCAUGCAACAUUUCAGUUAUUGAAACAAUGGCGUUUCAUAAUUUAUCCGCUGUCGGCAUUUUUCAGUUUUACGAGAACAAAGUUGACGUUAUUCAAGCUGAUGCGUUUUCAAACUGGAGAAACGUCAAAACAGCCAACGUGAAUUCUAAUAGAUUCGACAGAUUCGAGUGUAUCUCCGACACAUCGUUCGCCGUUGCCUUUUCAUUCAACUUCUUCAAGAAUUAUCUGACAUGCGAAUGCCACGUAGCUUGGAUUCUUACAUCACCGUAUCUGAAAGACAAGUUAUUGUCCAACAUGUGCUUUGCUCCAAAGAGUCAAGAAGAUUUAAGCAUGUCGGUUGUAACGAAGUCCGAUCUCAGUUGCCCUGUGGACCCUUCGUCAUUACAAAUGGGAUGCCCUUCUGACGCGGUACUGACGUCACCUCCGGUCAUUAAUGUGGAUACGACAACGUCACGUCACUCACAAAUGACGUCCUCAUCCAUGUAUACGUCGCCGACUACAUCUACAACCAAACCGCACACUGAGACGACUACGACAUAUGAGCCCUCGUCAACAGCAAAGACUACAGUUGAGACAGAAGCGCCGGAAGUGACCGACUUCUCACAUUUAUCAUUCAUUGGUCCUACAACUUCCGGUGAGACCUCCGGAAAUAGUGCGCCUUCCUCAACUGACCAGUCACCAUCCAGUGUUUCUCCCAGUAGUUCCGGUCACUCCUCGAGACUGACCAACCCUCAAUCGUGUGUCCCAACACUGAUGGCUAUUGUUACCGUGUUCCUCUGUACUGUCACAGUGUAGACGGAUCCUGUAUUGGAUAGAGCGAUGACGUCAGUGCAUAUUGUGAUCAGCCCAGUUAAUACAUAGAACAAUGACCAUACAUACCCAACACCAUAUACAAAUAUGUAUGGAGUCUGGCCAGAUGUCGCCAGUCACGACGCGCCAGACCAUUAACAAUGAAAGAAAACGACGUUCCUAAUUAGAGAGAUGAUUUUUUUCUGUUUGGUUUUUAUUAUCCUCUACAUUCGGUGAAAGGGGAAAACACUUUUAGCUCUUAUGAAUUUUGUUUGCUUGUUGUUAAACGCCGGACUCAGAAAUAUUCCAGCUAAAUGAUGGCGGUCUGUAAAUAAUCGAGUCUGGACCAGACAAUCCAGGAUCAACGGCUCUUUUGAGACCAGCAUAGCUUCUUCAGAAAGAGGCAAAACUGACAUUCCUUGAACUAGAAGUAACCGAUACCGUCCACAUAUUCUAGACGAGCGAUGAUAGGAAACACUUUUAAAGUCACACCUAACAUGGAAGCACUUCCAUGUCGGCAGUUUGUGAUGCUGAUGUCUGACACAGGAGUGAGGAACUGUAUUCCAUGUAUAGGAUAUGCCAAUGUAUAUACAUACCAAUUAUGUGAACAAAGAAUUAAACUAACACUGGACUUCCGUAAAUUAUGUAAAUAGUUAGCUGUUUAUGUAUCAUGUUUUGUAAAUAAACAAGAAAUAAAAUGAUUAUUUUUA